AUGCCACCCCCCCUCCUCACCCCACACGCCCUCACCACCCUCUCAGGAGACCCCCACACCCUCAUCCGCCUCACCCACCUCCGCACCACGCUCCCCAUCAGCACCGACGCCUGGGGCCGCCCCUCCAUCUCCGCCUCAAUCCCGCAGCCGGUGCUCUUGUCCUGCGCCCUGUCCCUGCGCCACCCGUUCACCACCGCCUCGAGCAGCGACACCGUCGCCGCCAGCACGGUGCACUACGGAACGCUGAGCAAAGCCAUCUUAGCGGCCUGCGAGGCGUUCAGGCUGAGCGGGGAGGGGACGGAGAAGGGGAUGGGGAUGCGGGACCUGGUGGCGUGGGUGUUGUUCCGGCUCACGGGGCAGCAUAUCCUGGCUGCUCCUGAGGCUCCUCAAGGCGAGCACGGGAGUGGAAACGGAAACGGCGAUGAGAAUGGGAACGAGGAGAGAGUAGAGCCACUGCUCAAGCCGAGCUCGUUGAAACUACUCGAGCUGGAGGUUUCGCUGCCGAAGGCCUCGCUCUUGGGCAGCGGCGUCAGCUUGACGGGGAGUGUCGCGUACGGCGGCGACCAGGGCGGGGGGGAGCAGCAGCCGAGCGCUUUUUCCAUGGUGCUGAAGCUCCAUGAGCUGCGAGUGCCGACGCUGGUGGGUGUGAAUGCGUGUGAGCGCCUCGCAAAGCAGAUGGUGUAUGUGGGUAUCGAGAUGCAGAGGUGGGACUGGCCCGACGAGGAUGGGUAUGCGCGACUAGAGGAAGUUGUUGUCAAGGUAAUGUCCAAUGUUUCAUUUUCGAUUUCAUUUCCCACUUUCAGUUUCGAGCUGGAAUUCACGUUCUGCUUCUGCUCCUGUUCAGGGCGAACCGAACAGAUGCAGAUAAGUCCCUGGCCUGAGAAGCUUCGCGAGGAGAGUAGCGAGGAGACAGCGGAGAAGAAGAUGAGAGUCUGUCUGUCUAUCUAUCUACAACGGCUAACGAAAACACCCCUCCCCCCCUUCCAAAACCCACAGUCAACAGAAGAAUCCAGCUUCCAAACCCUCGAAGCCCUCGCCGAACACCUCAUCACGCGCCUCAUCCGCUACAUCGUAAUCCCCCACCUCCUCACCUCCCUCCCGCACUCAACCCCAACCCCAGCUCAAACUCCAACUCCCAGCUCCACGGCCCCCCCGGGGAGAACCUACCCGCGCAUUAAGAUCGCGCUGUCCAAGCCGACGGCGGUCACGUUCGCUGAUGCGCCGACGGUCGAGAUGGCCGUUGACGCCGAUCCGGGCGCGAGCGAGAUUGCGGCGAGGGUCUGGGGGGAAGUGGGCGGGGAGGGGGGGAGGAAGGUGCCGUUUCCGUUGAUGGGGAGGCUGGAUGAGUGGAUUGAGAGGGAGGGAGGGUGCAGGGAGGGUUAA